UGGUCAAGGGCCUGGUCUCCCCUCAAGACACGGUCACAGAUCAGAGGCCACACCAUCAUAGCAGUGGAGCAGGACCAGCUGGGACAGGGUCCUUCUGUGACACCUGCUGCAUCACCAGGCUGUGGGAAUGGACUCAAUUGCCAGAACUCACAGAAUAGCAGUAUCAGCACCAAAACCUCACAGGAAAAAUGCAGGUGUAUUCAUCGCCCCAAACUGAAGACGGUCCAAAUGCCCAUUGACAACAGAAUGGAUGAAUAAACCAUGGUGUGUUCACAGGACAGAAUCCAACAAGGCAGCAACAGUAAACAAGCUUCAGGUGCAGCCACAACAGGGCAGGGGAAGAGUCGCAGGCAGUGAGGACAUAGCGGCCGGGCCUGCUAGACAUGCAGGGGUGUCCACAUGAAAAUGUUGGCGCAUGGUCUGAGCCGUGUGUGUAGGGCCCGGGGUGCUGACCGGGCAGUUCUUCAACACAGUGAGUGGUAGUGGGAGUCCCGAAGGUUCUCAGGCCUUGUCUCCAUGGAGGGCGUUUUGUGGCCUCUCCCGGGGCAGCCGGCAGGAGCCAGGCGAGAACAGAUGCGUCUGUAGCAGGAGGGCAUUGAUGCCUCUGAGGUUGUAGCGAGGUUGGUAUUUACCUUUUCCUCCUGGUCCAUUCUGAAGCUCCAAAGAACGGUCAGUUUAAUACAGAGACACAAUUACAGCAAGCAUCUAGUGUGAGACUAGCCACGCAUUUUGGCUGGAAUUACUCAGGGCGUUGGAAAAUCACAAACCUUUUCAAGUAAACUUGCAAAUUGCUAGCAUUCUCUCUGCAAGACAAGAAAUGCCGUCUGUCCCCUGACCCCCGACUCCACACCCAGCUUGUUCUGCCCCUUUCUGAUUGUUCUAAGUAACUGACAUACUUAGAGCAGUUUGGAGCCACGUCGUGGCCUUUUGAGGCCGGCGAGCUGUGAUAUUUUCCUACAGAGCACGGUCACCUCCAGAGGUGAGAGAGACACAGAAUUCUACUCUGAGAAUCCCUGGGACGCACACCACGGUGGCUGUGAGUAUGAAGGCAGAUGCUGCGGAGCAGCGUGGAAAGGGUGUGGGGCCCGUGGCCCCUGGCAGUGCCCGGAGCUGAGCAGCCACCUUCCUGGAGGAGAAGGCCUGGGCCGGAUGCCUGAGAAUGACACACACAGGCCCAGCUGUUCUUCAGAGAUACAGAGCGACCAACUGUCUGCUUUGCUGGGACUGUCCACUGUUAGCAGGGAAAGUCCUGCAUCUGGCACGCUGGGGAAGUGGCUGCACCAGCUGAGAACCAGUCUCUGAUUUUAGGGGUGAGGAAAGUAGAGGUGGGUGCUCUACCUGAAUGCUCACCAGCUCGGGGGUGCGCCUGAGCAGUGGACAUCAGUCAGACAUCUCUGUGAAGUGUUAGGGGGAAGAGUAUCAUGGAACCAUUAGCAGCUGCUUGAGAUUAGGCCCAAACCAGUGGGGACCAUCACAUCCAAACACUUGGAGCCACCUGCCGUCAUCGGGGUGGCCCAUCUUUCUUCUGAGCGGGGAUUCUCUUCCUGCCUGGAGGGAGCAGUUUCCUCAUCAGGGGUGGCCCACCUUUCCUCUGAGUGGGGCAUUCUCCAGCAAAUGAAAACGUCUACAUGAGAAUGCAGACGCAGCGCCCUCAGAUGCCGGCUGCAGAAAGCACUGGAGACCCAGAGAAUGAACACAUCCACACGAGAACGCAGACGCAGCGCCCUCAGACGCCGGCUGCAGAGAGCACUGGAGACACUGCAAAUGAAAACAUCCACACGAGAACGCAGACACAGCAACCUCAGACGCCGGCUGCAGAAAGCACUGGAGACCCAGAGAAUGAACACAUCCACACGAGAACGCAGACACAGCACCCUCAGACGCCGGCUGCAGAAAGCACUGGAGACCCAGAAAAUGAAAACAUCCACACGAGAACGCAGACACAGCACCCUCAGAUGCCGGCUGCAGAAAGCACUGGAGACCCAGAGAAUGAACACAUCCACACGAGAACGCAGACACAGUGCCCUCAGAUGAUGGAUGCAGACAGCGCUGGAGACACUGCAAAUGAAAACAUCCACAGGAGAACGCAGACGCAGGGCCCUCAGACGCCGGCUGCAGAGAGCGCUGGAGACCCAGAGAAUGAACACAUCUACACGAGAACGCAGACACAGCAACCUCAGACGCCGGCUGCAGACAGCACUGGAGACACUGCAAAUGAAAACAUCCACACGAGAACGCAGACACAGCACCCUCAGACACUGGCUGCAGAAAGCACUGGAGACCCAGAAAAUGAAAACAUCCACACGAGAACGCAGACACAGCACCCUCAGAUGCCGGCUGCAGACAGCGCUGGAGACCCAGAGAAUGAACACAUCCACACGAGAACGCAGACACAGCACCCUCAGACGCCGGCUGCAGACAGCGCUGGAGGCAUUGUGCAUGAGAAGAAAAAGACAAGGUCAAGAACUUCCGUGGAGAAAUAAAAAUUACACAAAAAGGAAAGAUUUGUUUUUUUUUUUUUUUGCUGAUUGUA